UGUGCAAUAGCGGUCGUUAUCAGGUCUUCUUGGCCGGAAUUAUAAAUAAAACUACCAACAUGAGUAGCCAACGAGUGGGCAGCGUUUUAGCCCUGGGUGCCACCGCCUUAGGUGCCUUUUAUCUUGGUACCCACGUGGAGCGGGAACGACGAAACGAUGGAUCCACUAGUAGCCUUCCCCGCUUGCCGGGAUUACCCACCUUUGGAACUGUUUCGGCGGCUAGUUUAAUACCUGCCCAAGAGGCGAAUGUGAGUCUGGCCGCGACACCUUCACGGAUUGGUCAGAUCAUGAAGUUCGGCUUCCCGGGACUGGAUCACGUGCGUUCCCACUCGGACUAUGUGCUUUCAUACGAUAGAAGGAACCGCGUGCCCCACUGGGUGUUUGAGCACCUCACGGCGGAGUCAGUGGCCAAGAACGAUGCCGUAGACAGAGCUAAAUGUGAUUUCAAACAAGACGAAAGCAUCCAUCCAUUCUUUCGGUCCCAAAAUACGGACUAUCGCAGAUCCGGCUAUGAUCGUGGGCACAUGGCAGCCGCCGGAAACCAUCGAUUGCAUCAAAAGCACUGCGACGAGACCUUCUACCUCUCUAACAUGGCGCCACAGGUGGGCCAGGGAUUUAACCGGGAUGCCUGGAACACCCUGGAAACACAUGUGCGGAAACUAACCAAGAACUACUCUAAUGUAUACGUCUGCACGGGACCCCUUUACCUGCCCCACAAGGAGGACGAUGGAAAGACCUACGUGAAGUACGAGGUCAUCGGGGCAAACACUGUGGCAGUGCCCACCCACUUUUACAAAGUUAUUGUUAGCGAAUCUGCAGACCACAAACUACACAUGGAGUCCUAUGUAAUGCCCAACCAAGUAAUCAGCAACGACACUCCCAUCAGUGUGUUUCAAGUGCCUCCAGAGAGCGUCGAACGGUCUGCGGGAUUGCUUUUCUUCGACCAGAUCAAUCGGAAACAACUGGCCACCAUUAAUGGCAAGAAAAUCUAGUCAGUCAAUGUGUUUAGUUUGUUUUUAGUGUAUUUGACCAGGGAUAACCCCUUGUUUAAUGUAAUUUUCUUCUUUUCCAAAGAACUUGUGGAUUAAUAAAAUUAAACAAUUAAUACAGAUGUA